UAAAAGAGAAAGUUGCAGUCUGCAGUGCAAGAUGGAUUUUAAUAUCCCAUUAGACAAACAGAAUGUCAUUGUUGAAAAUAAAGGACGGAAAGAAAAUGUGUCACUUUUGGAUCCCCGUUGGAAAGAAGAUUUACAGUUUGUUUCCUAUCAAGCACCACCAGUAAAUAAUGGAGUAGCUAUGGAGGAAUGGAAAGAUAGAUUGAACUUUAUUUCUGAGGAUUUACACUGGCUAUUACAACAACCCCAUGAUAAAUUUUGGUGUCAGGUGAUACAUGAUAACACUUUACAGAACUUAUUGGAUACAUACCUACGAUUUUCACCUAGGUCAUAUGAUGUGAUAUACCACUUGACAGAUGAUAUACAGUCCAUACAUAAUGAGGUCCAUAGACUGGUGUUUAUGACAUGUUUGAGAAUGGCAACAUUUAAAGAGUCACAGGAACAUCAUAUAACACCUAGUGUGUUUGGUGAGAUCGUGUAUGAAAACUUUUUAUUUGACAUUCCUAAGAUAUUUGACCUUUGUGUACUGUAUGGCGAGGGAAAUGGUCCGCUGUUGACAAAGAUGGUAGAUAACAUUUUCACUCAGCAACCAAAAUAUAAUGAUGAUUUAUGCUGUGCUAUUCCUACAGUCAUACAGGUCUUUCAUGAUAUUGCAGAAAAAUGUGGAAUUUCAAUAGACAAACAUGGAAGUUUGUCACCACAGAAACUAAGCAGUCCAAGGACAGAUAACUCUCCAUUAAUAACCAUGCUUAUCUCAGAUUUCCAGGAUAUUGUUCUAUAUUUAGCAGAUAUAGCCUUGACCUUGGCAAAUUUCCUGGAGAUCCAUCCUCAGUCCUGUGACCUGUUCCUCCAAGAACUGUUUAUACCUAGGUUAGCAGAGUUCUAUGAUGCUGUUUUUCCUGAAAUCUCUCAAGCACUGAAGAUGAGAAUGUUUGAAAACAAGGACCAUCAGAAGUUACUGAAGAGAAAAUUAAAGCAAGCCUCUGUUUCCUUUAUGAAGGUUGUGAAUUCUAUUGUCACUCAUUGUUUCAUACAGCCUGUUUUGGAUCAAAGUGCAAAGAAUACUGACUGUAUAGAAGGAUUUAUAGAAACUUUUUCUGCCUUACUGGGAGACAGAAGAUUUCUUGCUGAUUUUGAUGGGUGUUACCAAGUACAAGUGUAUUUAGAUAUCAUAACACAGUCUACUUGUGAUGUUGAUGAGACAAGGAUCCAGUAUAUUCAAGAAGCUGUUCACUCAGCUUUUGCCACCUAUGGUAAGAGAAGAAAACCAACAGGAGGAAUGAAUAGAGGAGGAAGAACCAGUCCAGAUGGAUCCCCAGAACCUUUGGUAGCAGCAGGAGGGGCACCUGCAGGGAACCAGAGCACACAAGAUGAUUAUGCUGCAUCUUAUAGUGAAUAUGAAGGAGCCUGUAGUGAGCCAAGGAAGACGGGAGUAGAACUGGAAUCUUUAGUUUCUUCAGUUAAAGAUUUGUUACCAGAUCUUGGAGAGGGUUUUAUAGAGUUGUGUUUUGAGGAGAUGGGAUACAGCAUGGAGAAAGUAAUUAAUGCUGUGUUGGAAGAAAGAUUACCACCAUCUUUACAAGAUAUUGAUAGAAAUCUUCCCAGGACCAAGCCAGAAGAGACUGUUCUGACCAAGAGACACAAUGUUUUUGAUGAUGAUGAAUUUGAUGUAUUCAGAAAAGAUGAUAUUGAUACAAGUAAAAUACAUAAAGGAAAAAGUAGCAAAUCAGACAAGGUAGACCUGGAUAUUAAACCAUCAGAAAACAUGAAGCAGCAACUGAAUGAGAUGUAUGGGUACCAGUUAGAGGAAGUAAACAGGGAUGAGAAUGAGAUGUAUGAUGAUGAGUACGAUGAUACAUAUGAUACUAAUAAUGUUGGAGCAUUUGAUGCUGACUCUGCCGAUGAACUCACCGCUAGAAGACCUUUUACAAUACCUAGAAUACUUGGAGGCAAAAGGGAAGAUGAUGGCAACAGUAAUUCUGAGUCGGAUUCAGAGGAGUCAGACAGUGAUAAACCAAUUAGAGAUGAGUUUUGUCAGAAUCCAGCACUUUUGAGACAAAGAGCUGAGGAGCGUGCUCGAUGGCAGGCACAGAGAAGAGGAGGUCGAGGUCAUCACCGUGGUCAAAAUAGACCAUCAAAUCCAGAUGGUGCUGAAAGAAAACGUGAUGUAGUUGGGAAACCAAAAGGUCAAGGUCAGGAUGCCAAAGUUUCACAAAAUAGGAGAUGGAAGGAGCAGCACAAGGGAGGAAACAGACGUCAGAUGGCAGAUAGAAAACGCAUGGCAUAAACUUUUCUUGGUGUAAUUCUUUUCGUGUGCAAUAUGAAUAUACAUUUAUUUGAAAAAAUGUAAACGGAAUUUUAAAUUAUUAAAAAUCAAGCAUUUAGA